CCUUUCCAAGGUAUACAAGGGCCUGUGACUCUCUUUUCCCUGCAAACCAAACCAGGCAGAACAAAGAGUAUUGAUUGACAGUCAUCAGCUUGUUCUUCUCCUCUGUGUCAGCCAAUCACCACCUCAGCAAAGAUGACAUCAGUCUUUCCGUUUGCUUUGUUGCUCUGUUUGUCCAGCGGACUGUUGACUACAUAUGGUGAAGCUUGCUGUCCUCCUGGUUGGAGAAAGUUUGGCUCUCGCUGUUUCGCUUUCUACAUCCAGACAAAGACCUGGCCCGAUGCAGAGCUCUUCUGCCAGACCGCUGGUGGGAAUCUGGCUUCCAUCCACUCAGAUGCAGAACAUCAAUUUAUCAAAGACUUCAUUCAGCAAGUGGCCGGUACACCGAGAACUUCCUGGAUCGGAGGCUCUGACGCAGUGAAGGAGGGUACGUGGUUGUGGUCUGAUGGAUCCAAAUUCAACUACAAAAGCUGGAAUGCGGGGGAGCCUAACAACCUCGGAGUGGAGAACUGUAUUGCGAUGAACUGGGGAGCAAACUGGAACGACGCGGCUUGUAACAACGGGAAUUCUUUCGUGUGCUCCAAGACCCUGUGUGUGUAACUCUAACCCACCAUCAUGAUGCCUCUACAGCUCAUCUAUAAUCUCUAUCAUUGAUUCUCUUUCAGUUUGUUCAGCAGACAGAAACAGUUUAUUAUCUGAAGAGUUAGGGAACAGUUCACAUUUGGGUUUAAAAUUAGACAGAAACUGGCUCACUGAGCUGGACAAAAACAAAUCAGUAAUUGGACUUUUAAUCUAUAGCAAAUAACACA